AUGUCGGAACGGGAGCCUAUUAGUGGUUCAAGCCGUGACUAUGGAACAACUGCUGCACCUCCUCAAGUAGCCUUCGCUGACUUCAGUCCUACUGAGCUAUAUAACUUAAGUGAAGGAAUUGCAGACAAUGUUAACACUAUCAACAAUGGCUUACGAGCCCUGGAAAAGAUGAUGAAGCAGAUUGGUGGACCCAAUGACAGUGUGCAGUUAAGAGAUAAAAUCCAUGACACCCAACAAAAUGUUAAUAGCUCAGUAUCUGCAACAGCACGCGAUAUUCAAAGGCUUGGUGUAGUCGUACGCAGGGGAGACAAACCUCAGAAACUACAAGUUGAGAGACUGACACAAGCAUUUAGAGAUGCCUUAGCCACAUAUACUUCUGUACAGAAGCAAGUAUCUGAAAAAAUGGCAGCUCACAUGCCGACACAGGGUCGGUCUAGGAAUGACCCAGAAGCACUGGAGAGGCAGGCCAUGGCUGAUGAUGAGGAGGCUUCUCUUCUGUCUAACCAACAGGCUCAGGCUCGUCUCGUCCAGUUCGAGACAAGCAUGCUUUUAGAGAAGGAGGCGUAUAUGAACAAAAUAGAAGCAGAUGUAUUGGAUGUGAACCAAAUAAUGCAAGACUUAGCUGAAAUGGUCAGCGCUCAAGCACAGACUGUUGAUACAGUGGAAAGCCACAUAGAGGCAGCAGGAGCAGGCGUAGAGGCCGGAGUAGACGAACUGGCCAAAGCCGCUGAAUACCAACGUAGAUACAGGAAGAAAAUGUUCUUCUUCUCACUCAUUGGUAUCGUUCUUCUCAUCAUCCUUAUCGUGUGGAUCGUUAAAGCGUUUAGA